AUGAAUGCGAUUCAGUUUCUCUCCAGCAGAGUUCAUGGAGGUUCAUUGCAAGAGAAGCAACCUCAGAAGGAGACUACUUUGGAUCUGGACGUAGAUCAGACUGAGGACUCAGACAUAGUUACAAGGGUUGACUAUCCUGAAAUACCGGUAGUCAAGACAAGCGUAACGCUGUGGCAAACGCUAGUGUCAAUAAUCUGGUUCUUUCCGAACUUGCUGGUUUUUUCCCCUUUGAAGUUCAUCAUCUCAAUUGUACUAUUUCCCUUUAGAUUGCUCAGCAAAGAUGCAACAGGCGGCGCUCCUAUAGAAGAGGAGUUUCCGGAAGAUGACUCCAUUAUUAGCCAGAGCUCAGAGAACAUCGCAGAUUCAAGUUACUCGUUGCUAGAUACAAUUGCUGAGUCCGAUGACAUAGAAGUUGAGUUCCCACAGCAAGAAAUAGAUACAAUGAAAUCACCCAUGACUUCAGAUGAGGCUACUCCGAGCCCACUAAGAGCACCAACUACUCGACAUACAGAUGCUAAUACGAUACAAAGCGUCAAAAAGGCACCCCGGAAAAAGACGAAGUUUGUUUUUCCCAUCCUUCUCAUCAAUAAUAGUUUCAAUUUGAAUAAGCCUCCCGAACUACCAAAGAAGGUGCUAGUGCUGGAUCUGGAUGAAACACUGAUCCAUUCUCUUUCCAGCCACAAUUCAUCAGUGUUGGGCAAGGCAAAAGGACAAAUGGUAGAAAUAAAAAUGUCUAACGAUAUGAUCGCGUUAUAUUAUAUCUAUAAGCGGCCGUAUGUUGUGGAGUUCCUAAAGUUGGUUAAGCAAUGGUUCAGCCUCGUAUGUUUCACCGCCAGUAUUCAAGAAUAUGCAGAUCCCGUAAUCGAUUUGCUAGAACAAGAUGUAUCUUUUACGGAGAAGAAUCAGAGCUCCUCCAAGAAACUAUUCGAAGCAAGAUAUUACAGGAAUAACUGUGUUUGGGAAAAGGGAAAGGGAUACAUCAAGGACUUGAGCAUUUUACUAUCUCCGCAAGAACCUCUUUUAUCUCCGCCUUCAACCCCCCGACAAGGAAAAUCCAGAAGGAAAUCCAUUCCAGCGAAGGAUUCGUUGGCCAAUUAUGUGAUCAUUGACAAUUCGCCUAUCAGUUAUUGCAAACAUAAUUUCAAUGGAAUAAUGGUGGAGGGAUGGAUCAAUGACCCCAACGACACUGAGCUCAUGAAUCUUCUUCCACUGCUAAACAGUUUAAGAUUUACUAGUGAUGUGCGGUCUAUUCUUUGUCUUAAGGACGGAGAAAAGGCUUUAAAUGAAUGA